GUCUCGCGCACACAGCCUUCCCCUCCUCUCUCCGUUCGCUAUUGUGAAGAAAUUGAACGAUGAGAUCGCUCGCGUUCGCUGUCAUCAGCGCCGCCCUAUAGAGACCCCCCAGUCCCCAGGCUCGAGCACAACGACCCCACCCCCCGCUCCAAGAGGGACGGAGCGCAAUCUGUAUACAGGCACGGAAAAAACCUGUUCGGACCCCGGCUUCAUUUGCCCUCAAUCCGGGCCUCAUGCUGUAGCUGACUGAACGAGAGGGAGAGAGACAAACACACAGAUUGAGUCGGCGAGGGACAGGGCGGAAUAGAGGAGAAGGGAUUGUUCAUUCGGCUCCAGCUAUGGGAUGUACACUCAGCGCCGAGGAGCGCGCGGCUCUGGACCGGAGCAAAGCCAUCGAGAAAAACCUAAAGGAUGAUGGAGUCACUGCCGCAAAGGACGUGAAGCUGCUACUGCUUGGGGGAGGAGAAUCGGGCAAAAGCACCAUCGUCAAACAAAUGAAGAUUAUCCAUGAGGAUGGCUUUUCUGGGGAUGAUGUGAAGCAGUAUAAGCCUGUGGUCUACAGCAACACCAUUCAGAGCUUGGCUGCCAUCCUCCGAGCUAUGGACUCUUUGGGCGUGGAGUAUGCUGACAAGGACAGGAAGGCGGAUGCUAAGCUGGUGUGUGAUGUGGUCACUCGUAUGGAGGACACAGAGCCCUACUCUGCAGAGUUGCUGACAGCUAUGAAGCGUCUCUGGGCUGAUGCCGGGACCCAGGAGUGUUUCAACAGGGCCAGGGAAUACCAGCUCAAUGAUUCUGCUGCCUACUACCUGGACAGUCUGGACCGUAUUGGUGCUUCUGACUACACACCCACAGAGCAGGACAUCCUCAGAACCCGAGUCAAGACCACUGGCAUUGUGGAGACUCACUUCACCUUCAAAAACCUGCACUUCAGGUUUGAUCCAUCAGAUACAAAUGGAGUUACACAUACACAUCAGUCCAGUAUACCCGAUUGCUCCAGAUUACGGGUAUGUUAUAUGGCGUGUUUAUAUAACAUUCUUAUUUUUUUGUUCAGGCUGUUUGAUGUUGGCGGUCAGCGGUCAGAGAGAAAGAAGUGGAUCCACUGCUUUGAGGAUGUGACAGCCAUAAUCUUCUGUGUGGCCCUAAGUGGCUAUGAUCAGGUGCUGCAUGAGGACGAAACAACUAAUCGCAUGCAUGAGUCCCUCAUGCUCUUCGACUCCAUCUGUAACAACAAGUUUUUCAUCGACACCUCUAUCAUCCUUUUCCUCAACAAAAAGGAUCUGUUUGCUGAGAAGAUCAAGAAGUCACCACUGAGCAUCUGUUUCCCUGAAUAUACAGGUGCUAACACUUACGAUGAUGCCACUGCAUACAUCCAGGUGCAAUUUGAGAGUAAGAGCCGUUCGCCUAACAAGGAAAUCUACUGUCACCUGACCUGUGCCACUGACACAGGAAACAUCCAGGUAGUGUUUGACGCAGUCACUGACAUCAUCAUCGCCAACAACCUGAGGGGGUGUGGCUUAUACUGAGGUCCGGCCCUGCACAGAGGUUGCAUAGGAGGGUAUGACAUGGUUAAUAAUAAUGAUGAUAAUUUUGAUGAUAUUAAAAUGCAUAAUUAUGUAAAUCUACACAUCGUCCAAAGGGACCCAAAGAGCUGCCGCCAGACACCACGCAGGAUUCUUUGCCAUGUUCUGUUCCUCUUUUCCUUUUUUUUUUUUUUUCAGAAUACCACCACCACUCUUUGAUUUAUUUGUUAUCAACAUGUGUUUCCUACUGAAUGUGUUUCAUGUUUUGUUGUUGAUUGUAUGAACAACUGUAAGAUGUUAAUCAGAAACGGGGUAUCCCAAGGGGUAUGUAAUGUUUUUGUGCCAUUUUUCGCAACAACUCUGAUAGAAAGGUAAUGGAUAAAGCCGAGUGUUGUCUAUUUCAAUUGAUAAUGUUUCUAUUCUAUACAUAGCAUAUCUAUAACAUCCAGAAGAAGAAUGGAAUAGUUCACCCAAAUUACCAAAUUGCAUUGGUUUCCUUACCCUAUAACCAGUUCAUGGACACGGUUUGACAGCAAUAGCUGUAUUGGUUAUGUUUUCCUGGCACUAACAUUUUAGCAUUAGGGGCAAAAAUAAUAAAAUAUAAGUCCUGGUACCAAUUUAACUUAAAAAAAAAAAAUAUGUGCAUUAGGUCAAAAUCCCCCAAAAGUGAUUGCGCUACAAAUACAAAAACCAUAUCAUGAAUUUCUGUCAUACCUUGUCCAUAGACUGCUUACAGGGUAAGGAUAUUAAUGUUAUUUUGUCAUUUGGAUUAACUAUUCCUUAAAGCCCCACUCAACGUACCCCUUGGUGCUCCGUUUGCGGAGGUGUUGUGAUGUUAUAGGGGAGGUGUUGUACUGGUGGCUGGGACUUGUAGGGGGAUUCUGUCCAGUUUUGGAUAUAACCCCUCUCUCUUAGGGACUCAUGCAGGGCUGUUCUACACGAGCUAUUUCUGCUCUGUUUUAUUAAUCUCUCUUUCAAACAUCUGUGGGGGGUGGGUGGGGGGGGGUUGUCUGGCAGGCUUUGCCAUUGGCUUCCUGCAGUGUGAUGAAAUGCCUGACAGCCAAUGAUUUAUUUGUGUCUAGAAAGUGUCAUAUCAGUGCCAACCUUCUGAGCAUGACAGACAGGGGUAUACAAUUAGAGAUCAUUGGUCACUUUCACACUAUCUUUACAAUAUAAUGUCAUUGAAGGGACACACGCUUUUAUUAUCAUCGAACGAUUUAUUGAUUUUAUUUUAACCUCAUGCCCUCCUUACUUCCUCCUACCUUAGAAUCCCGUGCCACAUAUUUAUUUCCUGUCCUGUCAGACUGGGGAAAUAUUAUGUCCUGUCUCAGUCUCAGUGUGUCUAGAGCUGCUCUGAUGGACCGUCUCAAACGUCACGUUAUUCCCUCUGUAAUGUACUACUACUUCACAAACAAGUAAGAUAUGGGCAAUAGGUGCCUAUUUUAGACUUGCACACUCAUAAGUCACCUGGUCAGUGCUGUAUGCUUGUCUCCUAGUCUCCUCUCAUCACCACUUAUCACUUAUCACUGGGAUGAAAGGACUGGAUAGGUUUCCGCCAUGUUGUUGUCACUCACCAGUCCUUACAGAUUUGUAGUUUCAUGGGAGGAAGCAGUUUGAAACCAAAGGGACACAGCCACAGACCGCUGACCAGUCUCUGCUUGUUCAAAAGGGUCUUCCUAGGAGCUAGGUGUUCUUUAUGUAAUACAAUAUUAAUAUGUGAAUGCUCAGUUAUUUGGAAGUUGAGGUAAUUUGUAGAUUAGAUAAACCACACAGUGCUUAGCUCUGGAUAACCCUUGUGAGCCAAGCAUGCUGAAUUCCAAUCCAUUCCUACUCCAUACUCUAGGCAUUCCUGUAGAUUUGAAAGGAUUUGAUUGGUUUAAACAAUAUGGUAAUUGCGGCACAUUCUCCUUACAUAGAGUGGGUGGUAUUUUUGCCACAUUGCUUAUAUCUAUCUAAUCGUUGUGGAUCUACUGGAGUGUCUACGUGGGAGUGGCUAGGGGUAGAGUUGGAAUUUAGCAGCAGUCUCUCUGUGGGGUAUUAGGGCUAGCCCAUAUAGAAGGUUAGGGGAUAUAACUGGGAGGAAAAAAACAUUCUAGCAUAGGCAUCGCCAUUGAAGGCAUUCGUUAUUUUAAUUUAGUAAAGUGGAUGGGACCUCCAACUUCAUUGGCUUAUCCCUACUAAUGAUCCUGUUGGUCAUUGGCUAAUCCCUCCUGAUGACUAAGUGUGCAAUGGCUAUUGGAUAACAACACAAACAAGUCACCAGGAGGCAUCAGCCGAUAGGUUGCCCAAAUUUCAACAAGGCCUGAACGGUUUUGCCGAAUACUCAAAAAGAAGCUUCAAUGGUGCACAUGCUCUUAUCAUCUCUAUGGGUUAGCCCUAAACCCCGCCCCCUGACCUCUGAAUUCUGAGCAGGCCACAGUGAAACCCCGGCUGUCACGCUCUCUCUCUUCACAGAGGAAAAGUACUGCUCUCCACUCAUUCACCUGAAGAUGCAUCCCAUCCCUUCAUCCUUCUAUACUCCACAUGUCAUUCCUCAUCUCUCAGUCCCCCGUUCCAUUCUCACCUUAAACACCCUACUGUAUAUAUAUGAUUAUACCAGAUUUCUUUUUUUUUACUGUGAAUGUUUUUGUGCUGCACCCCCCUCCUCCUCCUCCUCCUCCGUAGUUUAUUGGUUGCUCUCUCAUGUGGAAUGUUUGUGCUGAGCCAAUCGAAUGUUGUGUUUACAUUAAAGCCACACUUUUCCUAACUA